AACGACUUAUAUCCCAACCAAGUAAAUCAGUUCAGGCCUCCGUUCAGGUCUAUUUCCUGAAACCCCAUUGCGCCCGACCAGAUCUUUGCUCCCUAAAUGCGAAACAAAGAUGUGGAGUGUUCAUAACCCUUCAAACGCCGACUGGAGAACAAGUAGCGUCCUGUUGUUUCUCAACAUUUUUUUUUUUUUUUCCAAUUUUUGUUUUUGUUUUUUUUUAUCCAUCCCGUUCUCUUUCCCUCAGCUGGCAUACCCAGAUUCUCUCCUGCCAAUAGGGCGGAAUCCUGACCCGGGAAAUGAGCUGACACGAGGGGCCAGCAUGGAGUGGGGGCGGUGCCUGAACACGCCCGACGUAUCCAAAACUGUGGAAAGAGGAAUUUGGGGGUUACCGAUGGCCUGGUCAAGGAAACGAAAAAGGAAAAAGGAGACCAAGGAAAAGUCGUGAGCCACGAGUCGUGACGAGGCUUACUCGGACGCCGCGAUCUAUCAAUCGAUAGUCCGGCGCUGGGCGUCGGGUUGGCUUUGCUCCCAUCCACUAGACUAAACUAGUCCCUGCGUUAGGGGCCCUAAGCCCGCCACCAUCACAAAAGUACGAUCCAGC